UCGACUCAAGCGCAUCUCAGUAUGUGUCCGUGGUGACCGCGACGAGUUCAACGGUAUACCAUGCGGCAGCCGUCCGCGAAAUUCUAAAUUCGAAUUUGGAAUUAUCGAACACCUCUCGCGCAUUUUUAAAGACAUUAUUUUUUUUAAACAACAUGUGCAAGUGUCCUUUUAUUUUAGUGCUUAUGCUGGCGACUUUCACUCUCUCUCAGGGAGAUGAAGUUCGCGAUGCUCGAGGAGUGUUCACCAAGAACUUCUUCGGCGGGGUGUGGGGCAACCGGCCACCCUUGAUGGAGCUUAACCAGCCCAAGACCACGUGCACCUGUAAGUGUGGUGAAAGGAACGAAGCGUCCCGUAUCGUAGGGGGCUUCGAAGCUGGUACCAACGAGUUUCCUUGGAUGGCCCGCCUCACCUACUUUAAGCGCUUCUACUGCGGAGGCAUGCUCAUCAACGACCGAUAUGUGCUCACUGCUGCUCACUGUGUCAAAGGCUUCAUGUGGUUCAUGAUAAAGGUUACAUUCGGCGAGCACAAUCGCUGCAACUCGACCAUCCGGCCGGAGACUAGGUUCGCUCUCCGAGCCAUCGCCAACAAGUUCACUUUGUCCAACUUUGACAACGAUAUCGCAUUAUUGAGGCUGAACGAGAGGGUGCCUAUUUCUGAUGCCAUUAAGCCUAUUUGCCUGCCUAGCAAUAAUCAAGACCUCUACGUGGGUGUGAAAGCCUUAGCAGCUGGGUGGGGAACGCUAACGGAGGAAGGCAAGCCAGCGUGCACCUUGCAAGAGGUGGAGGUGCCCGUGAUGAGCAACCAGCAGUGUCGGAACACCAAGUAUACCGCGAACAUGAUCACAGACAACAUGCUGUGUGCCGGUUACCCUGACACUGGGAAGAAGGAUUCUUGUCAGGGUGACAGCGGCGGUCCACUGAUUGCCGAGAGAAAGUUCGACACUCGCUACGAAUUAAUAGGUGUGGUGUCGUGGGGUAACGGAUGUGCCCGGCCCGGUUACCCGGGGGUGUACACCCGGGUCACCAACUAUUUGGACUGGAUCAAAGAAAACACCAAGGAUGCUUGUUAUUUUUCAUGUGUUAUUAACGGACAUGCUUUAAACUACGAUAAAUCAAGGAUAUCUCAGGGAUCUAUUCGAAGUCCACAAAAUUCCGACUAUUUUAUUGGAAAACAUUUGCCCAACUGCCAAAACUGCGGAUGCGGAGAAAGAAACGAGGAGCCUCGCGUAGUGGGGGGUCUGGAUUCGAGUGUGAACGCGUUCCCCUGGCUCGCUCGGCUCAUCUACCACAAGUCCUUCGGGUGCGGCGCCUCCCUCAUCAACGACAGAUACGUUGUGUCGGCAGCACAUUGCGUCAUCGGAUUCAUGUGGUUCAUGUUCCGAGUGACCCUGGGCGAGCACAACCGCUGCGACACCCACCGGCCGGAGACCCGUUACGUGGUGAAGGUGAUCGCCCAUAACUUCACUAUAAAGACACUCUCCAACGAUAUAUCUCUGUUGAGGCUCAGCGAGCCAGUGGUGUACUCGCAUGCGGUGCGACCAGUGUGCCUGCCAAAUUAUUCCUAUAAGGAUUACGCCGGAGCCACAGCCGUAGUAGCUGGUUGGGGCGCCACGGCAGAGACCGGCAAAUGGUCUUGUACGCUGAUGGAAGCAGAAUUACCUGUGUUGAGCAAUGACGUGUGCAGACACAAUACUAACUACAACGAGUCCAAGAUACAAGAUGUCAUGAUGUGUGCUGGGUUUCCCGCUACGGCGCAUAAAGAUGCUUGCACGGGAGACAGUGGCGGUCCAUUGGUGACAGAAAACGAAAACCACUCCUACGAUUUAAUAGGUGUCGUGUCUUGGGGCUAUGGUUGUGCCCGGAAGGGUUACCCUGGGGUCUACACCAGGAUUACGAAGUACUUGGACUGGAUCAGAGAAAAUACCUUCGAUGGAUGUUAUUGUAAUUAUUAAUAGAAAGUAUAAGCCUAUUUGAGUUAGGUACAUUAAUAAGUGGUUCUCAUAAUGUUUGAGAUAUCUCAAGUGAUUUUCAAGAUUUUUAUAAAAUAUUAUAAAGCUCUUAGACUAUUUAACUUAGGUUAGGUAAAAAUAA